CCGGGCAGCACCCUAGGGCACCCUCCCAGCGCCCUCCUGGCGCCCUGCAGCCAUGAGCAGCGAGCAGGACAAACCGGCUAGCAAAGAGAAGUUCAAGGCAGCAGUAACCUUCUUACCGCCAUUGUCUACGGACAAACCAGUCGUCAAAGAAAGAGUCAAGACGCCAACAAGAAUCUUGCCACACUUGACUCUGGUGAGCAGCAGGCCCCAGUGGCAGCAUGCAGCCCCGUCGUUCCAUCUGAAUGUAGCGCAGGAUGAAGGCGUUCCUGAGCAGUUCAGCGUCAGGAACGAGCUGUCCUAUGCUGAAUACAUGGAGCAAUUUGGGAAAAAGGGGAAACUGGAUCAAACUGAAGACAGCCGAGCCGGGCCAUCUACCUCCAAAUCAAAGACCAAGUCUCCACACAAGGAGCGAGAAAACUUCAGAAGCACUCUUGUCAACGUGAUUAUGCAACAGAAUAGCCCUGCCCUGACGCCUGCCGCCCCUGAAGAGAGCAGAUUGCCCCAAACAGCCAGCUCAGCGGUAGAGAAAGACAUCUUGCGGUACUACUACUACGUCAGCCACGGCAUCGACACGGACCACGUCGCCCCCAUGGAGGACUCGUGGCUGCAGAAUGUGCUGGAUCUGGUUCCCCAGCACCUCAAGGUCCUGACCAACAGCAUCCUCACGCUGUCUGACGAGAUGAGGGAAGACUACCUUCUCAGCGUCAAAAAAUCCAUAGUUGACUUUGUUUUGAAAGAUCCUAGAGAGAAGGAAGAUGAUAAACGGGCAGAGCAGCUCCCGCCUCACCGCGCCGAAAUGGAAGUUCUCCCCAAGCCCUGGAGAAGGUCCUUCGUGGCCGCGAGCAGCUACGUCAGGGACCACCUGAACGCCAUGAACCCCACGAUGCUGGCCGUGCUAGGCUUGUGGCACAGCAGUUAUGAAAAGCUGCGCUUAGUGGAUAUAGAAGAAUUCCACAGUCGUCAGGAUGCCCUAGAGCUCUCGAUGUUCCAAAGUAUUGUCAUGAGACACAUGGAAAACGCCAAGGAAACUCUGCUUAAAACGUGGUUUCCAGAAGUGCAGAAUAUUUACUAUCAGGGCAAUAAAAAAAAGCAGUUGCCAGUGGGCGAAAACAGUGCGAAACUGGAGUCUUUCUUCAACUGCGCUUCUGCACUGAUGACCUUACAGCUGCAGGACCUGGCCUUGGUCUCCAUGCAGGAUUUCACAGACUUGAUUGCCCAGCCUCCAGAUUCUGUCAGAGCUUUCGAGCACCCUGGCUUCGUGAUGAGGCUGAUUCUUGAUAACGACGCCAUCAAGUUUGAACCUGAGUUCAACGACUAUGUAGAGAUCCUUCUGAAUGUUUAUGAUGUCAUGAUCAAAGCAGUUAGCUUUGUACCAAGGGUAGAAACAAAAUUGUACUCCAAAUGGGAAAAUGACUCUAAACCAGCCACCCUGAAGCCCAUCAUCCUGGACGAAAUCAUCAACGCUCACAAGCAGAAGAUCAGGGAAGUGAUCAUGAAAGAGAGCGUGGCCCCCAUAGAGCACCUCAGGAACUACGACAAGUACAACUUUCUCAUCACCAGACAGGCGGAGCGUGACGUGGACGUGUUCCUCGCAGAAAACCACAACUACGAGAGGAUCAUAGAAGAAAUCCGCAAAUACCAGCGGCUCAUCGAGGACAUCCAGUACACGUCCAGAAAGACUGUCCGUUUAGGCAUGUUUGAAAUGCGCUGUGAAGAACUGAUCAGAGCUUUGGUCAAGCGAGCAGAAGUCAUUUGUGGAAGACUUAUAGCUAAAAUGUCCAGAGAUCACCAGGAAGCAAACACAAGACUGUGUGAUGAGUUCGAAGUCAUAGCUGAAAAGGCUCUCAGCACUCCGCCCAACACAGCAGAGCUGAUGGAAAUGAAGGCUUAUAUCCAGAAAGUGGAGGCGCAGGACAUGGCAGCCUUGGAGCAGAGGCUGAUGGACUCUAAGAACUGCCUCGCCUUCCUCAUUGAGUGCACCAGCUUCUCUCCAGCAGACAUCAGGCUGAAUAACAACGUUUUCCAGUGGUAUGGAAGGAUGGAAGAGAUUUUUGACGAGCACAGGAAGAUCAUUAAAGAGAAAACAGAACAAUACCAAGAAGGCCUCAAGCUGCGCUGUGACCGGUUCAUGGAGGAGCUGGAGAGCUACGCCAAGCAGUCGGAAGAGUUCUGCGCCUUUGGAGACCUGCAGGAUGUGCAGCGCUACUUGAAAAAGGCCCAGACCUUGAACGCAAAGCUGGACUUAGCAGCAGACAAGAUCGAGCAGUUUAAUGCUGAGGAAGAAGCCUUUGGCUGGCUGCCUUCUGUAUACCCUCAGCGCAAAAGGAUCCAAGACGGGCUGAACCCCUACCUCCGUCUCUACGAGACCGCUGUGGAGUUCAGCAGCAAGUACAGGACGUGGACAGAAGGCCCGUAUAACAAGGUGAACCCGGACCAAGUGGAGACGGACGUGGGGAACUACUGGCGAGGGCUGUACAAGCUGGAGAAGGCCUUCCACGACUCCCCCAGCGCCCUGGCCAUGGCGAAGAAGGUGCGAGCCAAGGUGGAGGACUUCAAGCAGCACAUCCCCCUGAUCCAGGUCGUCUGCAACCCCGGCCUGCGGCCCCGGCACUGGGAAGCCAUGUCUCGAAUCGUGGGCUACUCCCUGCAGCCCACGGACGACUCCACCGUCUUCUCUUUCCUGGACAUGAACCUGGAGCCGUACUUAGAUAAAUUUGAAGGCAUCAGCGAAGCUGCCAGCAAGGAGUAUUCCCUGGAGAAGUCCCUGGAGAAGAUGAUCAGCGAGUGGGAUACCAUGGAGUUUGUCAUCCAUGCCUACAGAGAGUCUGGGACGUACAUUUUGUCCUCCGUCGACGAGAUCCAGAUGCUGCUGGACGACCACAUCGUCAAGACACAGACGAUGCGGGGGUCUCCUUUCAUCAAGCCGUAUGAGAGACAGAUGAGGGAGUGGGAGGGCAAGCUGCUGCUGCUGCAGGAGAUUCUGGACGAGUGGCUCAAGGUGCAGGCCACCUGGCUGUACUUGGAGCCCAUCUUCAGCUCCCCGGACAUUAUGUCCCAGAUGCCUGAGGAGGGCAGACGCUUUACGACUGUGGACAAAACGUGGAGGGACAUCAUGAAAACUGUCAUACAGGAUAAGCAUGUCCUCUCAGUCGUGACUCUUGACAAAAUGCUGGAGAGGCUGAAAAAAUCUAAUGAGCUUCUGGAACUGAUUCUUAAAGGACUGAAUGAGUAUCUGGAAAAGAAACGCCUCUUCUUCCCAAGAUUCUUUUUCUUAUCCAAUGAUGAGCUUCUAGAGAUCCUGUCUGAGACCAAAGAUCCCACGAGGGUGCAGCCUCACUUGAAGAAAUGUUUCGAAGGAAUCGCCAAGGUGGAGUUCACAGAGACUCUGGACAUCACUCACAUGAAGAGCAGCGAGGGGGAGGUGGUGCAGCUGAUAGAGACCAUCUCCACGGCCAAGGCCAGAGGCCAGGUGGAGAAGUGGCUGCUGGAGCUCGAGCGCGUGAUGAUCAGCUCCAUCCACAAGGUGAUCAAAGAUGCCCUUUGGGCCUACACGAAGUCUGAGAGGAUUGUCUGGGUGAGGGAUUGGCCGGGACAGACAGUUCUCUGUGUAUCUCAGACUUUCUGGACAACAGAAGUGCAGACAUCGAUUUCAAAGGGGCAGGAGGAACUUGAACUGUAUUUGGAAAAAUGCAACAAGCAAAUAGAUGACAUCGUCACCUUGGUACGUGGCAAACUGUCCAAACAGAACCGCGUCACUCUGGGAGCCUUGGUAGUGCUGGACGUCCACGCCAGAGACGUGCUCACCUCACUUGUGAAGAAGAAGGUCAGCGAUGACUCCGACUUUGAGUGGCUGAGUCAGCUGAGGUACUAUUGGCAGGAAAACAACUUGGAGACCAAGAUGAUCAACGCCGGCCUGCGCUACGGCUACGAGUACCUGGGCAACUCCCCGCGGCUGGUCAUCACCCCGCUCACAGACAGGUGCUACAGAACCUUGUUCGGAGCCCUGCACCUGCACCUGGGAGGGGCCCCAGAGGGACCCGCCGGCACCGGCAAGACGGAGACAACAAAGGAUCUCGCCAAAGCGGUCGCCAAGCAGUGCGUCGUGUUCAACUGCUCCGACGGGCUGGACUAUCUGGCUCUGGGAAAGUUCUUUAAGGGGCUGCUGUCCUGUGGCGCCUGGGCCUGCUUUGAUGAGUUCAACAGGAUUGACCUGGAGGUGCUCUCCGUGGUGGCCCAGCAGAUCCUCACCAUACAGAGAGGGAUCAACGCGGGUGCUGAGCUCCUGGUGUUUGAAGGAACCGAACUGAAGCUCGACCCCACGUGCGCCGUCUUUAUAACAAUGAACCCCGGCUAUGCCGGGCGCUCAGAGCUGCCCGACAACCUGAAGGCCCUUUUCCGGACAGUGGCCAUGAUGGUACCGGACUACGCCAUGAUCGCCGAGAUAGUCCUGUACUCCUGCGGCUUUGUCACAGCCCGGCCCCUGUCGGUGAAGAUCGUGGCCACGUACCGCCUGUGCUCCGAGCAGCUGUCGUCCCAGCAUCACUACGACUACGGGAUGAGGGCGGUGAAGUCCGUGCUUACGGCUGCUGGGAACCUGAAGCUGAAAUACCCAGAUGAAAAUGAAGAGAUUUUGCUCCUUAGGUCCAUUAUUGAUGUAAACCUGCCCAAGUUCUUGUCACACGAUCUGCCACUCUUUGAGGGAAUCACUUCGGAUCUGUUUCCCGGCGUGAAGCUGCCCAAACCAGAUUACAAUGACCUGCUGGCGGCUAUCAGAGACAACUGUGAGUCCAUGAACCUGCAGAUGACCGAGUUCUUCGCCGAGAAGAUUCUUCAAAUAUACGAGAUGAUGAUUGUGCGUCACGGCUUCAUGAUUGUCGGAGAGCCGUUUGGAGGAAAGACGAGUGCGUACCGCGUCUUAGCCGGAGCACUGAAUGACAUAUGUGAAAAGGGAUUAAUGGAAGAAAACAAAGUUCAAAUCACCGUUUUGAAUCCCAAGUCUGUCACCAUGGGCCAGCUGUACGGACAGUUUGAUCUAGUAUCUCAUGAAUGGUCUGAUGGCGUCCUUGCUGUCAGUUUCAGAGCAUUUGCUGCUUCUGCGACACCAGACAGGAAAUGGUUGAUUUUUGAUGGCCCUGUGGAUGCCGUGUGGAUUGAGAAUAUGAACACUGUGUUGGAUGACAACAAGAAACUCUGUCUCAUGAGUGGGGAGAUCAUUCAGAUGUCACCGCAGAUGAAUCUUAUUUUUGAACCAAUGGAUCUGGAAGUUGCAUCUCCUGCCACUGUGUCCAGGUGUGGCAUGAUUUACAUGGAGCCCCACAUGUUGGGGUGGAGGCCGCUAAUGCUGUCCUGGCUAAACCUUCUGCCUGAAGCCGUCAACGUUAUUCAGAAGGAGUUUAUCACGGGCUUGUUUGACAGGAUGGUCCCUGUCUCUGUGGAAUUCAUUAGAAAGCACACAAAGGAAUUAUCUCCUACUUCAGAUACAAACUUAGUCCGGUCCUUAAUGAAUCUGAUAGACUGUUUUAUGGAUGAGUUUCUUGAUGAAUCCAAGAUGAAGGAGAGAAAUGACCGAGAGGCCUUCUCUUUAAUUGAGGGCAUCUUCCUCUUUUCACUGAUCUGGUCUGUCGGAGCUUCCUGUAGAGAUGACGGCCGGCUGAGGUUUGACAAGAUUCUUCGAGAACUAAUGGAAGGGCCGAUUUCAGAUUUGACCCGAACUAAGUUUAAACUACUGACUGGCACUGAGCAAGGGGUUACAAAAGCACUAACAGUGCCAUUCCCGGAAAAGAAAACAGUUUAUGAUUACCAGUUUGUCAUGGAGGGCACAGGAAGAUGGGAUCCAUGGGUAAAGAAACUGGCAGACGCCCCGCCAAUCCCCAGGGACAUGCUGUUUAAUGAGAUCAUCGUGCCAACUCUGGACACGAUUCGGUACUCUGCCCUCAUGGACCUGCUGACCACACACCAGAAGCCUUCAAUAUUUGUAGGGCCAACGGGAACUGGGAAAAGCGUUUAUAUUAUUAAUUUUCUUUUAAAUCAACUCAACAAGGAGGUCUAUAAGCCUCUGCUGAUCAACUUCUCUGCCCAAACUACCGCAGCCCAGACGCAAAAUAUCAUCAUGUCGAAACUGGACAAGAGAAGAAAGGGCGUGUUUGGUCCUCCUUUGGGGAAGAGGAUGGUUGUUUUUGUAGAUGAUGUCAACAUGCCAGCUCGGGAAGUGUACGGGGCUCAGCCUCCCAUUGAGUUACUGAGACAGUGGCUAGACCACUGGAAUUGGUACGACCUCAAAGAUUGUUCAAUGAUUAAACUCGUGGACAUUCAAAUCAUGUGUGCCAUGGGGCCUCCAGGUGGCGGUCGGAACCCAGUCACCCCCCGCUACAUGCGGCACUUCAACGUCAUCACCAUCAACGAGUUCAGCGACAAGUCCAUGUUCACCAUCUUCUCCCGGAUUCUCACCUGGCAUUUCAAAAUAUGUUAUAAAUUUCCAGAAGAGUUUAUGGAUUUGACAGCACAGAUUGUCAGUGGCACGAUGAUUCUCUAUAAAGAGGCCAUGAAGAAUCUGCUGCCAACCCCGGCUAAGUCUCACUACCUGUUCAACCUCAGGGAUUUCUCCCGUGUCAUUCAGGGUGUGUGCCUGUCGCGACCGGAAACUGCAGAAACCACAGAUGUGAUCAAACGUCUCUGGGUUCACGAGGUCCUCCGGGUGUAUUACGACCGCCUUCUGGACAACGCAGACCGGGGCUGGCUGGUCACCUACAUCCAGGAAGUCCUGAGCAAGUGCAUGGAUGAGAACUUCCACCAGCUGUUUGAAAAGCUGGACUUCGAUCAGGACGGCUACGUGGAGGAGGACGACUUGCGCAGCCUCAUGUUCUGCGACUUCCACGACCCCAAGCGGGAGGACACCAACUACAGGGAGGUCCCCGACGUGGACGGCCUGCGGGUGACCGUGGAGGCCCACCUGGAGGAGUACAACAACAUGAGCAAGAAGACCAUGAACCUGGUCCUGUUCCGAUUCGCCGUGGAGCACAUCAGCCGGAUCUCCCGCAUCCUGAAGCAGCCCCGCAGCCACGCGCUGCUGGUGGGCGUCGGGGGCAGCGGCCGGCAGUCGGUCACCAGGCUGGCUGCCCACAUGGCCGACUACGCCGUGUUCCAGGUGGAGAUCUCCAAGGGCUACGGCACCAGCGAGUGGCGCGAGGACCUCAAGUCCAUCCUGCGCAAGUGCGCGGAGGGGGAGCUGCACGGCGUCUUCCUCUUCACCGACACGCAGAUCAAGAAGGAGUCCUUCCUGGAGGACGUCAACAACCUGCUGAACGCCGGGGAGGUGCCCAACCUCUUCGCGCUGGACGAGAAGCAGGAGAUCUGCGAGAAGAUGCGCCAGCUGGACCGGCAGCGGGACAAGACCAAGCAGACGGACGGGAGCCCCGUGGCCCUGUUCAACAUGUUCAUCGACCGCUGCCGCAACCAGCUGCACGUGGUGCUGGCCAUGAGCCCCAUCGGAGAUGCCUUUCGCAACCGCCUCAGGAAGUUCCCCGCGCUGGUCAACUGCUGCACCAUCGACUGGUUCCAGUCAUGGCCCGAAGACGCACUCCAGGCCGUUGCCUCGCGCUUCCUGGAAGAAAUUGAAAUGUCUGAGGGCAUCCGGGAAGGCUGCAUCAGCAUGUGCAAGUGCUUCCACACGUCGACUAUAGAUCUGUCAACAUCCUUCUUUGUGGAGCUUCAAAGACACAACUAUGUGACUCCCACCUCCUAUCUUGAAUUAAUCUCCACCUUCAAACUGUUGUUGGAGAAGAAAAGAAGUGAAGUGAUGAAGAUGAAGAGGAGAUACGAAGUGGGCUUGGACAAGCUGGACUCUGCUUCCUCCCAGGUGGCCGCCAUGCAGUUUGAGCUCGAGGCCCUGCAGCCACAGCUGAGGGUGGCCAGCAAGGAGGUGGACGAGAUGAUGGUGAUCAUUGAGAGGGAGUCGGUGGAGGUGGCCAAGACGGAGAAGAUUGUGAAGGCGGACGAGAUAGUAGCCAACGAACAGGCUAUGGCCGCCAAGGCCAUCAAGGAUGAGUGCGAUGCUGACCUGGCAGAGGCCUUGCCCAUCCUGGAGUCAGCGCUGUCCGCCCUGGACACCCUCACUGCGCAGGACAUAACGGUGGUGAAGUCCAUGAAGAGCCCACCUGCCGGAGUGAAGCUGGUCAUGGAGGCCAUCUGCAUCUUGAAAGGCAUCAAGGCUGACAAAGUGCCGGACCCCACAGGCUCGGGGAAGAAAAUCGAGGAUUUCUGGGGUCCGGCUAAGAGGCUUCUCGGGGACAUUCGGUUCCUACAGUCGCUGCAUGAGUACGACAAGGACAACAUUCCCGCAGCGUACAUGAACAUCAUAAGGAAGAGCUACAUCCCGAAUCCGGACUUCGUCCCGGAGAAGAUCAGGAACGCCUCCACGGCCGCCGAGGGGCUGUGCAAGUGGGUCAUCGCCAUGGACUCCUACGACAAAGUGGCAAAAAUCGUCGCUCCCAAGAAGGUGAAGCUCGCUGCAGCAGAAGGAGAGCUGAAAAUAGCCAUGGACGGGCUCCGGAAGAAGCAGGCCGCCCUGUACGAGGUGCAGGCCAAGCUGGCCAAGCUGCAGGACACGCUGGAGCUCAACAAGCAGAAGAAGGCUGACCUGGAAAACCAGGUUGACCUGUGCAGCAAGAAGCUGGAGCGGGCUGAGCAGCUGAUCGGAGGCCUUGGGGGAGAGAAAACGCGGUGGAGCCAGACUGCCCUGGAGCUGGGCCAGCUGCACUUCAACCUGACGGGCGACAUCCUCAUCUCCUCAGGGGUCAUCGCCUACCUGGGCGCCUUCACGUCCAACUACCGACAGAACCAGACCAAGGAGUGGACAGCUCUGUGCAAAGAGAGAGACAUCCCCUGCUCUGACGACUACUCCCUUAUGGGCACCCUGGGAGAGGCGGUGACUAUCCGGACCUGGAACAUAGCCGGGCUGCCUUCCGACUCCUUCUCCAUUGAUAACGCGAUCAUCAUCAUGAAUGCGAGAAGGUGGCCUCUGAUGAUCGACCCCCAAGGCCAAGCCAAUAAAUGGAUCAAGAACUUGGAGAAGGCCAAUAGUCUUCACUUAAUCAAACUGAACGAUCCAGACUAUGUCAGGACUCUGGAAAACUGCAUCCAGUUUGGCACUCCAGUGCUGUUGGAAAACGUGGGAGAAGAGCUCGACCCUAUUCUGGAGCCCCUUCUGCUCAAACAGACCUUCAAGCAGGGCGGGAGCACCUGCAUCCGCCUCGGGGACUCGACCAUUGAGUACGCUCCAGACUUCCGCUUCUACAUCACCACCAAGCUGAGGAACCCUCACUAUCUGCCCGAAACGUCAGUGAAGGUGACGUUGCUGAACUUCAUGAUAACUUCUGAAGGGAUGCAGGACCAGCUUUUGGGGAUAGUGGUGGCAAGAGAAAGGCCGGACCUGGAAGAAGAAAAGCAAGCCUUGAUCCUGCAGGGAGCGGAGAACAAAAGGCAGUUAAAAGAAAUCGAAGACAAGAUCUUAGAAAUCCUGUCAUCUUCAGAAGGCAACAUAUUAGAAGAUGAAACUGCCAUUAAGAUACUGUCCUCGUCCAAGGCCCUGGCGGAUGAGAUCUCUCAGAAGCAGGAAGUGGCCGAAGAGACGGAGAAAAAGAUCGACAGCACCCGCAUGGGCUACCGCCCCAUCGCCGUCCACUCGACCAUCCUGUUCUUCUCCAUUGCCGACUUGGCCAACAUCGAGCCCAUGUACCAGUACUCCCUGACCUGGUUUAUCAACCUCUUCAUCCUGUCCAUUGAAAACUCAGAGAAAUCUGAAGUUCUGUCAAAGAGGCUGCAGAUUCUCAAGGACUACUUCACAUACUCGCUCUACGUGAACGUGUGCCGCUCGCUCUUCGAGAAGGACAAGCUGCUCUUUUCCUUCUGCCUGACUGUGAAUCUGCUGCUGCAUGACCACUUGAUUAAUAAGGCCGAGUGGAGAUUUCUGCUAACUGGUGGCAUCGGGCUGGAUAACCCUUACGCCAACCCCUGCACCUGGCUUCCUCAGAAGUCCUGGGAUGAAAUCUGUCGGCUAGAUGACCUGCACGGCUUCAGGACCAUCCGCAAAGAGUUCGUGAACUUGAAGGAUGGGUGGAAGAAAGUGUAUGACAGUCUGGAGCCACACCAUGAAAGUUUUCCCGAGGAAUGGGAGGAUAAAACUAGUGAGUUCCAAAGGAUGCUUGUUAUUCGUUGCUUGAGGCCUGACAAGGUGAUCCCCAUGCUGCAGGAGUUUAUCGUCAACCGGCUGGGGCGCCCCUACAUUGAGCCGCCUCCCUUCGACUUGUCCAAGGCCUUUGGGGACAGCAACUGCUGUGCUCCCCUCAUCUUUGUGCUCUCCCCCGGGGCCGACCCCAUGGCCGCCCUGCUAAAAUUUGCCGAUGACCAGGGGUACGGAGGGUCGAAGCUGAGCUCUCUGUCUCUUGGCCAAGGCCAAGGGCCCAUCGCCAUGAGGAUGUUAGAGAAAGCUGUCAAAGAAGGGACGUGGGUUGUGCUUCAAAAUUGUCACCUCGCCACCUCUUGGAUGCCAACCCUCGAGAAAGUCUGCGAGGAGCUGAGUCCAGAAGCGACCCACCCCGAUUUCCGACUCUGGCUGACAAGUUACCCGUCACCGAACUUCCCUGUGUCCGUCCUGCAGAACGGGGUGAAGAUGACCAACGAGGCGCCGAAGGGCCUGCGGGCCAACAUCAUCCGGUCCUAUCUCAUGGACCCCAUCUCCGACCCCGAGUUCUUCGGCAGCUGCCGGAAGCCGGAGGAAUUCAAGAAGCUGCUGUACGGCCUCUGCUUCUUUCACGCUUUGGUACAAGAGAGACGCAAAUUCGGGCCCCUGGGCUGGAACAUCCCCUACGAGUUCAACGAGACGGACCUGAGGAUCAGCGCGCAGCAGCUGCACAUGUUCCUGAACCAGUACGAGGAGCUGCCCUACGACGCCCUGCGCUACAUGACCGGCGAGUGCAACUACGGCGGCCGCGUGACGGACGACUGGGACCGGCGGACGCUGCGUAGCAUCCUCAACAAGUUCUUCAACGCCGAGCUGGUGCAGAACCCCGACUACAAGUUCGACUCGAGCGGCCUCUACUUCGCCCCUCCGCCCGGCGACCACAAAAGCUACAUCGAGUACACCAAGACCCUGCCGCUGACGCCGGCGCCCGAGAUCUUCGGGAUGAACGCCAACGCCGACAUCACCAAGGACCAGUCGGAGACCCAGCUGCUGUUUGACAAUAUCCUGCUCACACAGUCUCGUUCAGCAGAAGCCGGCGCCAAAUCUUCGGAUGAAGUGGUCAGCGAGGUUGCUGGUGACAUCUUGGGGAAGCUUCCCAACAACUUUGACAUAGAGUCUGCGAUGAGGAGGUACCCCACCACUUACACCCAGAGCAUGAACACGGUGCUCGUCCAGGAGAUGGGGCGGUUCAACAAGCUGCUGCAGACCAUCAGAGAGUCCUGCGUCCACAUCCAAAAAGCAAUCAAGGGGCUGGUCGUGAUGUCCACAGAACUCGAGGAAGUUGUUGGCAGUAUUCUCAAUGUCAAGAUCCCAGUCAUGUGGAUGGGCAAAUCUUACCCAAGCCUUAAACCCCUCGGGAGUUACGUGAACGACUUCCUCGCGAGGCUCAAGUUCUUACAGCAAUGGUACGAGACCGGCCCUCCUCCGGUCUUCUGGCUUUCCGGAUUCUUCUUCACACAAGCCUUUCUGACGGGGGCCCAGCAGAACUAUGCCCGGAAAUACACCAUCCCCAUUGACCUUCUGGGGUUUGACUAUGAAGUGAUGGACGACAAAGAGUACAAGAGCGCUCCGGAGGACGGUGUCUUCAUCCAUGGAUUAUUCCUAGAUGGAGCUUCCUGGAACAGAAAGAUCAAGAAACUUGCCGAGUCGUAUCCCAAAAUUCUGUACGAUACGGUGCCUGUGAUCUGGCUGAAGCCCUGCAAGAGGGCGGACAUACCCGAACGGCCCAGCUACGUGGCCCCGCUGUACAAAACCAGCGAGCGCAGAGGGACGCUGUCCACCACGGGCCACUCCACCAACUUCGUCAUCUCCAUGAUCCUCCCCUCUGACCACCCCAAGGAGCACUGGAUAGGCCGCGGCGUGGCCCUGCUCUGCCAGCUUAACUCAUGAGGAGAGGCACCUCCUUCCAGGGCCUGGAGGAAAAGCUAUGUCUUCAAAGAACUGUUUGUUUCGUGACUUAAAAUCAUUUGGCUGACAGUAUACUUACUUAUGGCUUACAUGAAAAUGCCUCCUCUAUUUUAAAACAACUCACACUUCAGAGUAAAGAAAUGUUCAGAAAUAAAGACACCAGACAUAUUCGUGUAUCUGUCCUUUUUUGGAGACUUUAUUUUGGGAGCGUUCCAUAUGCAUUAGGAACAUACAUAGAAUGACACACCACAUUUGACAAUGAAAAAAACAACAGCAUUUGAUCAUUUCCAGCUUUACAAUUUUUUUUUU